AUGUCGAAUAUACCCCUAGUCCACCGUAGUCGCCAUCCACUGUCGUCGGCUGCCGCUGCCCACCGCCGUCGGCCCCGCCCAUCGGACGCCGCCAGCGACCACCGCCAGCCGUCAGCGAACAUCGUCGGCCGCCGCCGAACAUCGCCGUCCGCUGCCGAACACCGUCAGCCGCCGGUGACCACCACCGUCGGCCGCCGGCGACCACCGUCGGCCGCCGGCGACCACCGUCGGCCGCCGGCGACCACCGUCGGCCGUCGACGACCACCACCGUUGCCCGUCGGCGACCACCGCCCGCCGGCGCCACCGGCGACCACUGCCGGUCGUUGCCCGCCGACCGCCGUUGCCGUCGGCGAUCGUCGUCGGCGUCCACCGUCGGUCGCCGCCGUCGUCGGUUGCCGGUGGCAGGUGCCGACGGAGGAGGCCAACGACGACCACCGUUGGUUGCCACAAGCUCCGGCAGAGGAAUUCUUCAUGACAACCAAACUGUCAGGUGAGUAA